AUGUUUCUUGAAAAUGACACAUCUAUUAAUUUUCGAUUUUUCUUGAAAUCACUAGGUAAAUCUAUACAUAAUGACAAGAAAAAUCCAUUUCACAUUGAAGGUUUAUAUGACAACAUCAAAUACAAAGCAUUAGUUCAUCCACUUGAUAUUUCAUCGCGUGACAUCAAAACGCUAUAUGAUUUUGUUAUUAUCUUAUGUGAACAAAAUAAGAAAGAUAUCAAUUAUAUUAAAGAAAUCAAACUUCCAAAAGAAAUCAAUGUUAUUUAUCUUUAUCGAAUGAACACAGGAUUCUACAAAAUCAUUUCACAUUCUAAAGAAAACAUCAACAUCAAAAUCAUUCCAGAAUGUCUUAUUAUCUCAGCAGAAUACAUUUCAACAUUCAUCAUUGAAGAACUUGUUCUUUGGAAUCAUCAACUUCAUAUCAAUAAUGAGCUUUCAAAUAACCAAUUUUAUGAAUCAUGGAACGAUUUAAUUCAUUGA